GGCGGCGGCGGCGGCGGGGGGAGCCGCUUCCCGGCGGGCCCGGGCAAUCAGUGCCGACCCCCCCAUCCCCAUCCCACACCCCCCUACCACCCCCCCCUCCCCGGAGCGGGGGGGGGGCUUAGAGCCGGGCGAAGAUGGCUGGGGCCAUCAUCGAGAACAUGAGCACCAAAAAGCUGUGCAUCGUCGGGGGGAUCCUGCUGGUUUUCCAAGUCAUCGCCUUUCUGGUGGGAGGUCUGAUCGCUCCCAGCCCCACUACAGCUGUUCCUUACAUGUCAGUGAAGUGCAUUGAUGUAAGAAAAAACCACCACAAAACCAAGUGGCUGAUGCCCUGGGGACCCAACCACUGCGAGAAGCUCAAAGACUUCGACGAGGCGGUGAGCCGGCAGAUCGAAGCCAACGAUAUCGUGUUUGCCGUGCACAUUCCCCUCCCCAGCAAGGAGAUGAGCCCCUGGUUCCAGUUCAUGCUUUUCAUCAUGCAGCUGGACAUCGCGUUCAAGAUGGACAAUGACCUGAAAGAAAAUGCAGAAAUUACCCUGGAUGUGUCAUUAGCGUACCGUGAUGACAUGUUUGCUGAUUGGGAAGAAAUAGCACAUGCAAUAGAGAUCAGGAAGCUGAAAUGCACCUUUGGCUCACCAAAAACCCUGGAGUCUGAAGGCCGUCACUACGAUUGUGAUUUCCUCCCCUUCAUGGAGAUCGGCAGCGUGGCCCACAAGUACUACCUCAUCAACAUCCGUCUCCCCGUGAACGAGAGGAAGGGCGUUAACGUGGGCAUCGGGGAAAUCAAGGAUAUCCGCCUCGUGGGCAUCCAUCAAAACGGAGGCUUUACAAAAGUGUGGUUUGCCAUGAAGACCUUCCUCACCCCCAGCAUUUUAAUUAUCAUGGUGUGGUACUGGAGACGGAUCACGCUGAUGACACGCGCUCCCGUGCUGUUGGAGAAGGUCAUCUUUGCUCUGGGAAUUUCCAUGACGUUCAUUAACAUCCCCGUGGAGUGGUUUUCCAUCGGAUUUGACUGGACUUGGAUGUUGCUCUUUGGAGACAUUCGACAAGGCAUUUUCUAUGCCAUGCUCCUGUCGUUUUGGAUCAUCUUCUGUGGAGAGCACAUGAUGGACCAGAACGAGCGGAAUCGUCUCUCAGGGUACUGGAAGCAGGUUGGACCCAUAGCUGUUGGCUCCUUCUGCCUCUUCAUCUUCGACAUGUGUGAGAGGGGGGUGCAGCUGAAGAACCCCUUCUACAGCAUCUGGACCACCGAGGUUGGCACCGAGCUGGCUAUGGCCUUUAUUAUAGUCGCAGGAAUCUGCUUGUGUCUGUAUUUUCUCUUCCUGUGUUUUAUGGUGUUUCAAGUGUUCAGAAAUAUCAGUGGAAAGCAGUCGAGCCUCCCAGCCAUGAGCAAGGCUCGCCGCCUUCAUUACGAGGGGCUGAUUUUUAGGUUCAAGUUCCUGAUGCUCAUUACCCUGGCUUGUGCGGCGAUGACGGUCAUCUUCUUCAUCGUGAGCCAGGUGACUGAAGGCCACUGGAAGUGGGGGGACAUAACGAUACAAGUGAACAGCGCCUUCUUCACUGGCAUCUACGGGAUGUGGAACCUCUACGUCUUCGCCCUGAUGUUCCUGUACGCGCCGUCACACAAGAAUUAUGGUGAAGACCAGUCAAAUGGUGACCUGGGAGUAAACAGCGGGGAAGAGCUUCAGCUCACCACCACCAUCACGCACGUGGAUGGCCCCACGGAGGUUUAUAAGCUGGCUCGCAAGGAGGCUCAGGAGUGACGCUGAGGUGGCCUCAGCUGGGACCCACACCGGGGUGGAGAGCAGAGGACAACACAACGCCCUGGGGCAGGAGACCUCUCUGGCUUGCUUCUCGAGCACUCCGUACCUAGUGUAUUUUGACAGAGCAGUGACACCGAGCAGAACAUUUGUAAACUCUUUAAUAUGGUGUAGUUAUUUCUGGGGGGAGGGAUAUGUAUAUUGUGUUACACUCAAGCGCAUAAAAACCUGCUAGAAAAGCAUUAAGGUUGCAAAGUCGCACGUUCAGAAGUUAGGAAGGGGCAGAGCUGGCACUGAGCAGUUUUUAUUUGGCUGUCGUGUGCCUGUGCAUAAAGGCGGUGCAGGGAGCUCAGUCGGGGAGCACGUGUUCAGCAUUCCGAGCCUUCUUCUUGUGUGCAACUUUAAACAAGGUGUUGGUCGGGGGGAGGAACUAAAGCCUCGUUGCAAAAACAUUUAAUUCCACCCCCUAUAAUUGUACCGAGCGUUGUUUGAGGUCUUUACAGCCCUGCAACUCUGCAGGAAACCUCUGUCACUGGGAUGAAACACAGCUGAGGAAGGGAGUAGACUGUGAUAGGUAAGAUUUUAGUAGAAGCAGCAACGGGCUUUCUCAGUCGGUUUUGCAGCUGUUUGUUAAGUCCGGGAGAAUGUAAAAACGGGAUGCCUGAGCUGGUUUGCAGGACAAAAGAGUGCUCCUGUCACGAGUCCCAGAGGCACCGGUCCCACAGCCAGCUCCUGCCCCUUCUCAGCCCCUUUGGCUUCCCUUACUUUUGUUGUCCUCCUCCACCUUACCUUUUUGUUACGGCUCGUUCAUUUUUAUGCUGCUUACGUGCCCUGGGGAGAAGAGAAAGGCCCGGGGAGGGGGGGACAGUGUGUUCUUGGUUCCGGUGCCCAUCAGCUGGGCAGAGGAUGCCGGGCAAUCUCCGUGCGCUGCCGGGAUGGAGCGGGCUGGGCAGAGAUGGAUUCUUCCUGGGAUUAUCGGAUUUGAAAAAAAAAAAAAAAAAAAACCAAAACUGCUUGGCACUCACUAAUGUGGAUAUUUGCUUUUCCAGAGCACAAGCAGGCGCUGAGGUCGCUUCACCCCUAUGCUGGGCCUGGGUGAGUCUGGCAGUGAGGAGGUUGGCAGUUCGAGGGGAAUGGGAACUGAUCUGGGGUCAGGCAUAAACUGGACUGUGCUGGGGACCAGUUAAGAGAAGUGUUAGUGGUGUGUGGGGGAAGAAGCAUGGCUGGAGGGGUCUGUGCUCCUCCGGGCACACCUUCCAGGGGCUGGAGGAUGCAGGGGGCCCUCGUCACUUGGAACUAGUAAAUGUCUGUGUUAACUGCUAGUAACGCAUAACUCAACCUCCCCAGCCCAGUUUUGUACCUAAAAGUUAAGAAGCUGCUGCUGCUGAAGCUUCCAAAGCCGCUGACGGGCAGUAACUGUGGGUACGGGUAGAAUCACUGUCCUGGAAAAGGCGACACGUGGUCCUUGGGUUCUUAAAACUUUUGAAAUUACACAUCAAUUGGUAGAGUAUUAAGGCUGUAAAAUGGAAGUAUAACUGGGGAAGACCCGAAGUGAGAUCACCUCUGAAGCUGUAAUCCAUCUCUAGCCGGUGUAUGCGUUACGACGUGCAAUUAAAUCCUGCUGCCUGCUGCCGUUUCUGCCGCGCUCCGGCUUGCGUGCGGGGCUCUGGUUUGCACCAGGACGUGCUGGUUGCUCACGAUUCCCACCCCAGCAAGCAGCUCGCUCGGGGUGACGCCGGUCCCUGGCUGCCCCGUGCACCCCCCAGCCCGCUGUCUGCACGGGCUGCAGCGCCGGGGGGGCUGCUCAGUUCCUCUCUAACCAUCCCCAUCACCAUUCCAAGCGUGUUGGUGCACCAACUUUCCUUGCUUUUUGCUUUCCCUUCCCCGUAUUUCCCGAGACAAGUCAAUACUUCAGCUGGGGGGUGAGGUGUUCAAAUAAUUCCUCCUUACUCUCCCAGUCCCCCAGGGAACGGGGGCAGAAGGCUAGCGACUGCCCCUCGGCCGUGUGCGGGGCCGGCCGGGCACCCCAUCUCCUCUCCAGCCUUUCCCCAGAAGGGAUUUCUCACCGGGGCUGCUGACUGCACCAAAUGAAUCCCACCAGGAGCUGCUGGGCUGUUACGACCCCAGCGAGAGCGGCACUUUGUAAAGUAGCAUUUAAAAUACCAUUUAUUAGAGCUCAAUGCUAUAAAGAGAGAAUAGCGUGGAUGAUCUCCAUCCCUUUGGUUGGUGGGAGCCCGGAGUUGUGAGACACCGAACGGGUCUCUGAUCAGGGUGCAGCACACCCCGUCUGCAGAAGGGUUACCCUCUUUUUGUUAAUUUAAGCUAUUACAGCAUGUUUUUUUAAAGGAAGGCUAUUCAGUUCAGCAUCCGAGUGUGUGAAGUCACUGUAGCACAGAAAAAGUGCUGGACCGUGCUUAAGGAGGUACCUCGGGGUGACUUUGGAUACUUGAACACUAGUAAUUUUUAAUAAAUUCGGGUUUUUAUUUUUUUUGUAAAGUGGGAUGACAGUGCCCCUGUACUGAAAGGAAAUGUGGUUUAAAUGGAGGGAAAAAAAAAAAAAAAAAGGAGGGAGCACACUUAGCGUAUGUGGAAUAAGUUCUGGGACUGCACCUUCAACACAGGUGGCAAAACGUAACUUGUAAGCAAUUUACAUAAGGAAAAAUAAGUGCUAGUAGGGCCAAGCAAUGUUCCUACUCGCAGUAGCUGUUCAAUUACAAAGUGAAUUAAAUUAACGCACAUCAUCGUAACUCUGGCGUGUUCCUGGCUGAGUGUGUUCGACUUUGCAACUUUAAUGUCCUUUUUAUGUUGGGUUCUUACAUGAUAUUUAUGUUGUUCUACUAGAUGUGUUCAUGGUUUCUUUUACAGCUUAGUAUAGCAUUGCAUUUUGUAAAGGCUCCUUACAAAUGGGGAAUUGCAGCUUUAAAACCAAAUUUUGUGUCAAACACUAACAAUUUGUUUACGGGGCGCGUGUAUGUGUGCGUGCGUGUGUGUGUGGUUUUUUUAUUUCUUAAUUCCUAAGUCCUACUCAUAUGUCUCAAAAAUAGUCCCUGGGUCUUAUUAAAAUAUAUCCUUUUUUGUUUAGGUUGAGUUCAGUUUUUACAGAAUGCUUUAAGCAACCUGGAAAACAUGUAGUUUUGUUAAUUUAAAUAAAACAUACAAUAUUGUG